GCUUUUAUUUACUACCGUAACGCAUACGCGAGUCUGGCAUUAUGUCUGACACGAUUCUCCACCAAAUUCAGCGGAAUCUCGCCCGAUUUUACCAUAAAACGCGAGAUUUGGGCUACAUGUAUCUUGAGCGUAUCUUGAGUGUUUUAAAGUUGGUUUUACAUGUAAUGACAAAAAUGACAUUAUAAUGGCGGACAAUUUUAAGUGUACUUUGCAAAUUUAUGCCUUCUACAGCAAUUUUUAAAUGUAGCCCUAUGCUGUAAAAAUAUACUGUACUUUUUAUCACACUGCAUUAUUUGACUUUAUUUCACUUACAUAUUUACAUUUUCAAGAACCAUAUCUAGAGUUUGAUUAAAUAUGAUCAAAGGCCAAACAGGGCAUACAGGGAUCGUGGGACCAUGAUAUAACGUACCCUCAUAACUAUCAUCAGUUCUCACUUCUGUCCAACUCAUUGCUAAAAAACAAGAUCGUUUUGUGUUCGGUCGCAAGCGUAUUUUAAUGAACGAUGAAGACUAUAUCUUUUGUUUCAUUUUACGUAAUUUUGAGUGCUUUAAAAACACAGGGUGCAGUGAAGAAUUCAAGCUACCCUCUUCCAACGCAAAGCGUUAAGAAUUACAUCAGUGCCGACGGUAUAGCAGCGUGGGUCAAAGCUUGGCUCGGCGUCUUAAGCCGCGAGGUGAACACUGCCAGAAUGAAGGACGAGAAUUUAACAGCUGAAGUACAAGAUUUACAUCGCUCAGACGACAACUUUGAUUUGAUUAUUCAGGACGUAAAACAAAACGUUAAGAAUGGAAUCCAAUCUGUUUCUUCUCUCCAAGCGGACAAGGUGGCACUUUCUGACCAGGUGACAGAGCUUCAACGCCAGGUUCAGCAACUUCAAACAUCGUUACAACAAUUUGCAAAAACUGUGACGGAUUUGGAUAAACUAAAAGGCAUUCUUAAAGGAUGUACGGGCCGCUAUACUAAGCACCAAGACAAAGAGUACUAUUUUGGUGACCCAAUGACGGGUAGAAAUCAGGUGAUGGCGCAGGCAUGCUGUCAACUUAUGGGGAAAAACCUGGUGGCGGUGAACAGCGCUGAGGAGUUUAACUUCAUAGAGGCUAACAUACCUCAAGUUGAAUAUUCCGGUUAUUGGUGUGACGCAGAGUGUAUUAACAACAGAUGCAUUUGGAAAAACAGCCCAACUUCAGUGUUCUAUAAUCCGGGCAGAGCGGGGCAUAACACUGAUGGCACAAACGGGCGAGAGACGUGUCUUCUCAUGAAAUGGCGAGGGAGUGUCCACUACGAGGACCUGUCGUGUACAUCGACAGCCUUCACUGCGGGGUUCGUUUGCGAAUGACCGUUUUCUUUGCAAGAGCGCACGAGGUGUGUAACAAGUGGCAAUGAAAGAGGCAUGUUUACAGCUUUAUUUACAGCUACAGUAUCCAGCAUUUACUUCUUUUAGACACAAGUCAAGCCACGAGGCAAAAAUCACCUAGAUAUUUCGUAGUCUCGUUCCCAGCAGCUGAUCAUUGAUUUAACAUCUCCGAACUGUACACUCCAACAGGAAUUGUCUGUUUCGUAUAGAAUGUCUUUGAGCUGUUAAGUUUCUGUUUCUGUCUAAUUAUUUAGUUUAGACUUAAAACAUUUUGCAUUAAGAAUUUUUCAACGGAACAGAUAUACUAAAUGCAGAAUAAAUUGCCUGCAAGUGAUUGAAACAUUCAUGAACUGCUGUUGACAUGUAACAAUUAUAAACAAUGUUAGACAUAUAGAUACACUGCCACGUAACAAUGUUUAUGAUUGUUACAUGUCAAACAAUCUACUUCUUUUGAAGCUGACUGUUUAAUGAAGUGAAAUUAAUUAAUUACAUUUGUUUUUGAAGAUUCGAGGAGUCCGAACUUAAAUCUCAUGAUGAUAAUUUUAAAACAUUUCCA